AUGACUGACUUCUUUGAUUUCCUCUCAAUGAAUUCUAUUCACCAGCCCUGGGCCCGACGAGAGGUGCGCGUUGGCUUUGGCGGCGGCGGUCUUCGUUCUCACAGCGCGGGCCCAUUUCCUUAUUUCACGCUCUGGCGGUUCUUAAGGCCGCCUUGCACGCAGACGUCAAAAGAAUUUUCUAGAAUUACGAGUCAGAAGCUGAUCAAUUUGAACGCUGCCUCUUUAACACUAACGAACUCGCCACAAGCGAGGAGUUCUUGUGAAAGUACGACCGGUUGUAAAUCACAACGCACUCACUCAUUCUCGUCAUUCGCGCGCAAGCUGUCACCAGUGUCGGCCAUACUUGUGUUGCUGCUGUCGAAAAAUUUUAUGCGAAUA